AGUCCCUUCUGGCAGGAAGCACUCUAAGGGACGUGCCUGGAGUGGACAAAUCAUGCUGAUUGUGUGGGAGAGAAACCCAGCGCUGCUCCCAAGAUGAAGGCAAAGAGGGAGGUAUCAUCUAAAGAGACAGCCGUUCCUUCACUGUAUCUUCUGCUAUGCCUUUUCAUCUUUUUCUUGGCAGAUGUAGUUGGGGUAAACAUCAGCAGUCCAUCUCCUUUAGUUCGAGGUACACUAGGAGGCUCCGCCCUUCUCUCUGUGACAUAUACCAGCUCCAGCUCUGACCAGCCUGUAAUUAAGUGGCAGCUGAAGAGGGACAAGCCUGUCACUGUGGUUCAGUCGAUCGGCAUAGAUAUAAUUGGAAAUCUGAGGCCAGAGUACCGCAGCCGAAUCGUCCUGUUUGAGAAUGGAUCCUUGCUCCUGCAUCAGCUACACCUCUCUGAUGAGGGGGCCUAUGAGGUGGAAAUAUCCAUCACUGAUGAUACCUUCACUGGUGAGCGAUAUGUGUACCUCACCGUGGAUGUUCCCUUGUCCAGGCCUUCUGUGCACAUGGUGGCUUUUUCCGUGUUGGAGUUGACUGAACACUUUAUUCUCAGCUGCACUUAUGGUAGUGGCACCAAACCCACCUAUAGCUGGAUGAAAGGCGGGAAAUCUUUGAACAAUGACUCACGUCUGCUUCUUUCACAUAACCAAAAGUUCCUGACCAUCUCCCGUGUUGUGAUGUCAGAUGAUGACAUCUACAGCUGCAGGGUGGAGAACCCCAUCAGCAGUAUGAAAAGCCUGCCUGUCAAACUCACUGUCUACAGACGGAGUUCUCUCUAUAUCAUCCUCUCAUCGGGAGGCAUUUUCUUACUCAUCACCUUGGUGACAGUGUGUGCCUGUUGGAAACCCUCCAAAAAAAAAAGGGACCAACUUGCCAGACAGAGCGGACAAAAUGUAGCAGACCAAAGCAACAGCAAUCAUGAGGUUGAUAUCGUGCCUUCAAGAAGUUACCAUAACUGUCGGAACCCAGGGGGACUAUAUGUUCUCAAAGAAACCGAUUUCUCUGAGGGAGCAGAUGAAUCUUCCUGUAAUUUUAUCAACCCAAUUGAUCCCCUCAGCCCACCUUGUUAUCCCAGUUUUGCACCCCCUUCUGCACACCCUCCAGAUGCUUAUAUGAAUUUCGGAAGAAGAUAUCCCCGCACUCCUGUCCUCUUUCUUCCAUCAACCCCUCAUUCAACUUUCACUCCACCCCUCUAUUGUCCCCCACACCUGGGCAGCUUAACACGCAAGCCACACGCACCAAGAGUAAGCCCCUCCCCUCCGCAUGCAAGAAGAACUUCCUGCUGAACAGAAAACAAUAUGCACUGUCACAGAUGAGCAAGUCGGAAACACAUGGAGAGCACUGAAUGUCAAAUCCUCAGAAUGAUGUCAGCUGUUUUCUUAGUAUGAGUAAGAUUCAUGAAUGACAGUACUGGAUGGAUUCAUUAUUUUUGUAUAGUAAUAGUAUGAUGUUGUUUACUUUUAUCAUUCAGAUGUUUUCUGGCCUAUAUUCAACCUUUAAUUUUAACGCAAUAGCGUACACUGAAAGAUAUAAAUAGAAAAACAAGCAAUUUAAUUGCAGAUAUAAUUUUACAUUAGAGCAACUUGUCAUUGUUUGUUGGGAUUUAAUGAAAA